UAAGGUGUACACUGUGCAGCCUUCAUUUUUGCUCACUCGUUUUAACUAGUCUUAACCAUUAGCUACAUCUCACAUUUCUUGUUUAUCAUCCUAUAUUUACCACUGUUAACCAUUUACUUACUCAGUCUCAGAUUAUCGUAAUUCUAGUUUGAUUCAAAAAAUUGAUGCAAUUCUUCACAACUACCAAAGUCAACUUUUUCAUCGUAUUCUUAUUUUUCCAUUUCUUUCAGUUGUUUUGGCCUCAAUAUUUUAAUAUAUUCUUCUUCACUUUUGUGUACACUCAUCGGAUGCAAUGAGAUAACCAAGUUUAUGUUUUUUUCUCUGAUAAAACUGCUACUUAAAAAUCAACAACUGUUCAUUUUACUGUAUCAACGAUUAUCUUAGUGAUUAUUUUUAAUUGACAUGCUUACCCUUCAUCGAUAUUUUUAAGCUAUAUUUUGGAGAACGCUUAUAUGUUUAUUUUCGCGUCUCUCGCCGUUCUUUGUGAUUCUACUGAAUAUCAUCGUGCUUCUAUGACUUCAUCUUCCCUCUCUUUUUUUUGUUGAUAUAAAAAGAUUUACUUCAAAAUGCAAAGUAAUAUUUUCACCUGUUAUCUAUGUUCACCUCCUUUUGAUCUCAAGGAGCAUCAAAUUCAAGGUCAUUGUAUCCGGGUGCACAAGACUCCUGCCUCUUUGAAAUGUUGUAAAUGUGAUUUUCUUGGACCUAAACAUGACAUUAUUGCACACUACAAGAAAGAACAUCCAGAAGGAAAGAGUCACGGUAUUCUUCAAGUUUUCGUCACCUUUGUCAAAUCCAAAAGAGAAGUACACCCUAACAGAGAAAAUAUCGUAUCCUCUGAGAAUAAUCAAGCUAAUGGAGCAAUAUCUAAACCCGUUCCUUCAUCUUCUGGUGCCGUAUCUAAACAGCCUUCUAAGCUAUCAAUUCAAAAUUCACUUGGAUCUAAGAAAUCAUUGUUGGUCCCGACAAAGAAGCCAAACCUUAUGAUCAACUUAAAGAAGAAAGCUGUUAUUCUUGGGUUUUCAAGUUGGAAACAAGAAGAAGUUCGAAACCAAGCUCAGAGUAGAAAAACUAUUGAACCAAGGCUGCCAGCUACAUCGUCUGCAUCUUCACUUCUGCCGUCUUCUAAAUCUUCUGUUACACAGCAUAAAAUUGUUCAAAAAAAGAAAAUAUUUAAUCCUAAUAAAUUAGACCCUCACUCGAAUAAUAAUUCUGUGAAAAAAUACCGGGAACCUAAUGGAGGGAUGCUAACAAAGAAGCAAAAGCAUCAUAAGUCGUUUAAAAGAAAAAUUCGAAGGCAACAAGCACAAUCAAAACAAACUCAUGAAGCUUCAGAACGAGUCAACAAUAAAGAACGAGAAAUAAUAUCCGAAUUCGAUGCUGACACGGAAGGAGGAACGGAAAGUGGAUCUCAAAGUGAAUCGGAAAGGGAAACGGAAAGUAGAUGUGAAAGUUCGAAUGGGAGUGAGAGUGAAUCUCAAACAGGAACUGAAACCGAAACCAAGUCUAAAAUUAAAGCCGCAAUUAAAGAUAAGGCCAAAGCCAAAUCCAAAGCCAAAGUUGAAAGCAAAGGCAAAGCCAAAGCCGAUCCUAUUAUUUAUGAAUUGAGUUCUUCUCCUGAUGCAGAAUCUGAACCAGAACCAGAACCAGAACCAGAACCAGAAGAUGAAGACGUAGAUGAAUCUCUUGAAACAACUAUUGGACUCGACUCAAACGUUUUCCCAUAUCUUUCAUCUAAGAAUGAAAAUGACAGAAGUUCUUCUAUUUAUUUUUGUAUCUUCUGUGAUAAAAAAUACACCAAAUUCAACCUUGCCUUACACCAUAUGCGCGUUCAUGUUAAUUUUGGAUAUCAUUGUAAAUAUGAUAAAUAUUUUCAUCUUUUGCCGUCAUGCGUUCAGCGUCAUAUACGUAAAGAGCACCGUGGUCAACCUGAAGAAUACAAAGACGAUCAUUUCGAAAGAAGAAAUGUCAAUAGCUGGAUCAUUGAUUUUUUAAACGAACAAUUUAAUAAUGUUCGAUUGGUUGAAGAAGAUCAAGUUAUAGAUAAGCCCAUUCCAUGGGUUCAGUGUCCGAUUUGCGUCAAAGUUGCUAGAUGUAAAAAAAAGUUUGCACAUAAAUUUACAUCUUUCCGCGCCUUUGAAAGACAUUAUUGGCAACACACUAGAUGGUGGAGAGUAGAUUGUGUUUUAUGUGGAGCUUCAGUUCAACGAGCUCAUCAACGUGAUCAUCUUUCGGAGCACGAGAUCCACAUGAAAGAUGAUAAUCUAGAGAUUUUUGAAGUUUACUUCCACGAACGGAUUGACGAGAUGACUUCAAAUAAAUUGGAGUACAUAUUAGAUAACGUAGAAAAAGAAUUUUAUGCUCGUUACAAAUGGUAUCGAGAUAUUAAACGUGAUUUGAAUAUCAAAUUGGUACCUUGUGAUUCCGAACUUCCAUCUUCUAUUUCAAAGAAAGGUCCCGAAACAGCAGAAAAAUCAGAACCGGAAAAUGAUAAAGAAACAAAGACUAUAAAGGCAAUCACAAAUGAAGAGCGUUCCUUUAGAAAAGCAACUGAAUCAAGGAAUAACGAUGAGCUUUCUAGCUAUUCUGAUAUUGAAUCAGAGGAAGCAAUGAAACUUGCUAUGAAAAUUUUGAAUGGUGGUAACUCACCAGAAAGUGAUCACUCAUCAAUUGAAAAUGAUUCACCACUCAAUGAAGAACUUGCUGAAGCUGCAGAUGUUCAAACUAGUCCUGAUGAAAACAAACAAUCAAUUGAAGAUAAACAAGCACCAAAUCCAGAUAAAUCGGACGCUGCAAUUGGAGUUAUUGUAAACGACAAGGAACGAGAGAAAGAUAGUCCUAGGAAAGAAAAUCAAUUAGUUGAGAUUUCACCGAACUUACAAACUAAAAACCAAGAAGGUAUCAAUAGCUUAAGCACCACUGAAAACGUCUCUGCUAAUCCACCCUCGACCAUAGUGAAUAACGUUCCAAGUGUUGGAAUAUGUUCUCCAAAAUCCACAACAAUCCCUCUCCAAAAUACGAAUGUAUCUAACGAACGAGUUCUUCUUUCUCCUGAAUCCAGUUUGCGACAGAUGUUAAAUGAAUCAAGGGCGACUUCUAAUACUUGUUCCAGUGGACAAUAUAAAGUUCAAACAUUGAUUGAUUCGAAUGUAGACGACCUGAUUAAUGGUGGAUCUGCUUCAUACAAUCUAUCAUCUGAGCCUCUUACUCAACCUCAAAAUGUUCAACCAUCUACUCAAAUAUCAUCGAAUGGACAAACUUUAGUUUCAUCCGAUUCUCAUGGCCUGAAAAGGCGCGCAAGCACUUCUGAUGGUCCUCUAAAUAAAAUACCCAAAGCAGUUGAAUAUGUUCUAAGUCAAAUGUUUCCGAAGCAACAAGAGGACAAUAAUACUGUAACUAAAACAAAUAACUCAGUCGUUCAUUCACCAGUAGCCGACUCAACUCCAUCAUCUCAUUUACCAGUUCCUUCAAAUCCAACAUUAUCAUCUUUAUUGUCAUCGCCAGUUUCUCAGAAUUCCUAUCCUUUACCAGUUCCUCCAAAUACAACAUUAUCAUCAUUAUUGUCAUCGCCAGUUUCUCAAAAUUGUUGUACUCAAGUAAAUUCCGAACAACCUAAACAAAAUCCUGAAGAAGAUGAUGAUGAUAUAUGCAUAUUAGAAACUCGUAUUGUGUCUCAGCAACAAAAAGUGGUUUCUAAUAGACAAAUAUUGACCGCUUAUAUUGAUCCAGAUCAAUUAAUGACUUUUAUUAGUCAAAUGAAUCCAGCUGACGUUGUUCAACAUGAGAAUGGUUCAUACAAUCUUGUUGGGGAGUCAGUUGAGAGAGUCAAAGAAUUUAUCUACAACCAAAAUAAAGGCUUAACUUCUCCGUCCGUGUCAAAUACACAAAAACUUUGGGUACUUUCCGUUGUCAACAAUAAAAUUCAAAUGCAAAGAGCCCCGAGUUCAUCAAAUUCUGUACCAGGGACCGUAACAUCUAAUUAUACCCCGUCAACCGCACCUAGAACUUAUGCUCAAACGCCAGUUAUCCAAAAUAUUGCCAAUUAUAAAAGCCAAUUAGUGCAUCCAGCAUCAACUUUAAGCUAUCCUCAACCUGUCAAAAUUGAAAAUACAACAAAUCAAGGACCUAGAGCUGUUGUUUCUACCGCUUCUCAAAGUGUUUGGACCCCUGUAUCACAUCAAAACAAUAUUCCACAGGCUCGUGUUAAUUACAUCCCUCACCCUAAUGCUCAAAUGAUGAUUCGCACAACUAUAGUUACUAAGCCUGCUCAAUCACAAACUCCUCAACAUUCUCAGCAAUCCCAAAUCCAACGUAAUCAGCCAGUUCAAUAUCAAACAAUACAGCAAUCUCAACAUCAAGCUAUUCAACAGCACCAACCACAAAAUAUGCAAUACCAAGCACAAUUUCAGGGUGUUCAACAACCGCAAGGUCAGAACAUUCAGAUACAACACCGACUUUCAUUACAAAGAAGGCCAAUAAUCUUAACAGGCCAAGUUCAACUUUCUGGUCGAUCUCAAACUCCAGUAGUGCAAUCCAUUAAUGCCCCUUGUAAUGCCCCUUGUAAUGCAUGUCCACAAUUGGCGAAUUCGAAUAUUUUUAAUAGAUCUCCAAGUGUUCCUGUUGUCGUAAACAACCCUGAAUACAAUAAUCAAGAGAUUCGCAUACAUCCCAGCCCUCCUCCUCCUUAUCAUCAACAUGAUCAGCAUUAUCAGCAACCUCAGUCGCCUUUAACUCCAUCAGUAAAAAAUUCAUAUCUUCAGCAACUAUCUUUGCAGCAAAAACAUCAACAGCAUCAACAGCAUCAACAGCAUCAACAGCAACAGCAUCAGCAGCAUCAACAGCAUCAGCAGCAACAACAUCCACAGCAAUUACAACAACAACAGCAAGAUCAACGGCAAUUACUACCGCAAGAUAAAUUGCAAUUACUAAAGCAUUUAAAACAACAAUUACAGCAACAACAACUACAAAAACAACUACAACAACAACUACAACAACAACAACAACAGCAACAACUACAACAACAACAGCAACAACUACAACAACAACAGCAACAACUGCAACUACAGCAACAACUACAACAACAGCAGCAAAUACAACAGCAACAGCAACAAUGUCAACAACAGCCAAGUCACCAACUAUUGCAACAGCAGCAAUUACAGCAGCAACACACAUACCAACAAUCCGUUUCUGGUGGAGUUUCUUCAAUAGUUGACCAUGCAUUUACCACAGAGUUUCAGUACCAGCAAAUAUUAAAAUCGAAUGCAUUUGAUGGAUCUUACUCAAAAGUUUCCACUCACCAAGGCACUGUGAUUCCUCCUAAUCAUUCUGGUCAAAGUUUGUUGGUUCCUACACAGAACUUUACAUCCCAAUCUGCUCCUGUUGUUCAGGCUCCAUUCUCUUCUAACUCUAAUUCUCAUUCAAACCAUAUGAACCAAUCACAAAUUUCUAUGGGAACAAACAAUGUAAAUAAUUGUUCUCCUCCUGCAAAUUGGUCUGAUAACCAAGCAGCGAAACAAAAUUUGCCAGGAGAAGAUGAUUUACAAGCUAUUGCCAAUUUCAACUCUUCAACUAGUUUUGGUGAGACUUAUUGGACGCCAAAUAUUUUUCCAAAGGACUCUACUUAUUAAAAAUUUGCCAAUCAAAAGACUGGAUGUGGAUUUUUCUUGACUGUUAAUAUGUUGAAUCACAUUUUUGUUAUCAAUCCCUUGUGAAUAGAAGCUCUACGACGCAUUUUGUAACAUAGUACCAGACAAAUUUUUUUGUUUUCUGAAAAUCCAUGACAUGCAUUUUCUAUUCGUUCCCAGAUUUCACUUUUAUUCUUCUUCAUUUUAAAUAUACAUUAUGACAAUUCACAUUUGUAAUCUCAUAAUUCGAUAAUAUCUUAAGUUUGACUUACUGCCAAUCUAUUGUAACAUUGUUACACUUUGAUACAAAUAUUUAGAUUUAAGCCUACUCAGAAAUAAAAGACUAAAAACAUGACUAAAUUAAAA